AUCAGUCAAAUUUGUCUAAAACCUUCUUUAAUAUAUAUAUGAAGAGACUAGUGGGAUGAUAAUGAAAAGGGCAUCGUGGUUUCCCAAAUCAUGAAAUAUUGAGAGAUGAGUGCCUGAGUUGAGUUGAGAGAGAUCAAAUAAAAACCCUGCCUGCCUGGAGAUAGAUAGAUCAAGGAAGGAAGGAAGGAAGAUGUGUGGUGUCCUGUUGCUGUUGCUGUUGUUAAUAGUUUGCAUCGUGUGGUGGCCUAUGAUGAUCCGUUGCCAUGAGGGGAAGGUGUUGGAGCUUGAUGAAUCCAACUUCGAUUCCGCUAUUUCUUCCUUCGAUUUCAUCUUCGUUGAUUUCUAUGCUCCCUGGUGUGCCCAUUGCAACCGUCUUUCUCCCGAGUUGGAUAAAGCAGCUCCUAUACUUUCGGGAUUGAAGACACCUGUAGUGAUCGCAAAAAUUGAUGCUGAUAAAUAUUCCCGUAUUGCUUCAAAAUAUAAAAUUGAUGGUUUCCCGACGUUGAAGGUUUUCAUGCAUGGAGUUCCCACAGAUUAUAACGGGCCAAGAAAAUCAGACAAACUGGUUCUGUACCUGAGGAAGUUUGUUGCUCCUGAUGUUACUGUUGUUGAAUCGGAUUCUGGUAUUACUGAGUUUGUUGAAGCAGCUGGGACGUUUUUUCCUAUAUUCAUAGGAUUUGGUUUGGAUGAGUCAGCAAUAUCAAAUUUGGCAAUUAAAUACAAGAAAAAUGCAUGGUUUGCUGUGGCAAAAGAUUUCUCAGAAAAUAUGAUGGCUUUAUAUGAUUUCGAUAAGGCGCCUGCUUUGUUAGCUCUUCAUCCAAAUUUCAAUGAGCAGAGCAUCUUCUAUGGUCCGUUUGAAGAUAACUUUUUGGAAGAAUUUAUUCAACAGAGUCUAUUGCCAUUGACCCUACCAAUGACCGGAGACAAUCUAAAGCUUUUGAAAGAUGAUAAAAGGAAAAUUGUGUUGACAAUUGUGGAGGAUGAGACAGAUUAUGAAUCCAAGGGAUUAAUCAAGUUAUUGAGGGCUGCUGCAUCUGCAAACCGUGAUUUUGUAUUUGCCUAUGUGGGUUAUAACCAGUGGAAAGAUUUUGCUGAGGCUUUUGAAGUCGGGAGGAAAACAACAUUGCCCAAGAUGGUCGUUUGGGAUGGAAAUGAAGUCUUUUUUUCGGUUAUUGAUUCUGAGAGCAUUGACAGGGAGGAUCAAGGAUCCCAAAUCACACUAUUCCUUGAAAGAUACAGAGAAGGGAAAGUAAUAGAGAAGGCGUUGGGGGCUUCAUUUGUAGGGUAUCUUUCUUCACUUGUUGGCAUGAGAACUGUCUAUAUCCUCGUCUUCUUGGUUGCUGUUAUGUUUCUUAUUGCAACUAUUGGAAAAGAAGAAUCUUCGGAUGCUUCAACUUCCGUUGCUGAUAACAGAGAAACUGCGCGAUUGCAUGCUGACAAGGAAGAUUAGAAUAUGAACACACAUUCCAUAGCUAUGUUGUGUCUCCGUUAUUGUUUUUGUUCAGUUUCCAUAUCGGUUUUGAUUAAUGUUUUGAAUUUGAAUUAUGAAAAUAGAAGCACUUGAUAUUAAACAUGAAGAAAAAACUGGUUUGACUACAAAUCAGGAAUUUUUAGUCUGUGUGCUGGCUUUUUCUUGUUGGUAA